CCCGUUCCAUUGCAUUGCAUUCCUCCCAUCACGGCGCACAGAGAACGAGAACAUUCUAAAGAACAAGAGUUCGCCACCCACCAACCGCAGAAUGACGACCCCGCUGAUAAUACAGGACGCCGGAUCUCCGCUGGGAGCCGCGGCACCGGACCGCAACGGUUCGAACGCGUCGCAACCCCCUCUCGGGAAACGCAAGAAACCCGACGAGGAAGACAAGAGCAACUCUGCCGGCACCGGCCUCCCCCCGGCCAAGGCCGCGAAACCGGAGCCGGCCCCCCGGCCCUCCCUGUCCGCCUCGCAGAAAAAGGCCCGCGAGACGAGGCUCGAGCAGAACCGCAAGGCGGCCCGCGAAUCCCGCCGGCGAAAGAAGGUGAUGAUCGAGGACCUCCAGAAGAGCGUCAUCUUCUUCUCGAGGGCCAACGGGGCCCUCAAGCACCAGAACGACGAGCUGACACGCCUGCUCAUGCAGGCCCAGGCCCAGGCCUCCGUCAUUGAGAGCAGCGCCGCGGCCGCCGCCGCGGUGGCGUCCAGCGCGAAUGCGAACGCGACUCCCGGCGUCGCCACCACCGUUUCGAACCCCGUCGUGGAACCCGCAAGCGCGGAGGCGCGGAGGAACACCAACACGAGCACCAACACGAACCCUGCCGCCAGUGCGAUUGCGAGUGCAAAUGCGAACGCCACCGGCACCGGUGCAACUCCCACCGCCACGAACCAGCAGCAACCACACCCACUGCAGGCACAGCCGCAGCACACACAACCAACCAUGGAACCACCGCCCUCCGCGAACGCAGCCGCAGCACCGGCUUCCGAACCCUCGUACGCAGCGGCGGCGGCGGCCGCCGCAAAGCACCAUUCCGCCGCACCCACCGCGGGGGCAGCGGCCCGGAUGGCGCAGGCCCCGGUCCGGCGCCACCACGCGCCGGUGGCCGCUUCCGCAACGGGCGCAAAUGCCCCGGUGCCCCCCACCGCUCCCUUUGCCGCCUUUCCCGUCAUGCAACCGGGGGCCACGAUGCAGGCCAUGGCCAGCUUCCAGCAAGCCGCGGCUGCGGCCAUGGAGGUGGCCGUCCGGGGCAUGCAGGGGAUCUCCCCCGGCCUCGGCUCCCUCGCGGCGCAGGCGCCCCCCCCGACCGGUCAGUCGACCACCCAGGCCUACAACGACACCAUGACGGCCCUGGCCAUGCAGAAGGCCGCGGCGGCGGCCUGCGCCCCCCAGCACCUGGUGGCGCGGAUCCAGGGGCCGGCGGGCCAGCCGCCCGUGGCGGGCUGGCCCACGGGGGGGGGAACCCCGGACCCCAAGGCGGGCUCGAGCACGAGCGCAAACGCGCCCGUGGCCAUUCUCCCAGCGGGGCGGGCACCGUCCUCCGCAACCGCAACGGUUCCGGCGGGCCUGCAGGAGGCCCCCGGGGCCGGAGGGGUUCCGGCGGCGCCGGUCUCGGUGGCACCGCUGCCGACGCCCGCCCCUGCCGGGGAACAGCGCAGCUGAGCGGUGGGUGGGCGGGAUUCCCUCCGCCGGUCUGCCUCCCCGGACAGAUCGAUCGUAACAUACAUC